AUGUCAUCUUCAAGUCAGAAAAGAAAGAGAACUGAUGAAUCCCCCUUAACCAGGCAGGAUACCACUCUUCCCCCAACUGCGUCAUCGCUCUUGCAGGAUUCAGAAGAUGUCUCAUUUCCAAGAGGUGGUGCUUCAGCAUUGACUCCUCUCGAACUUAAACAAGUGGCAAAUGAAGCGGCAAGUGAUGUUUUGUUUGCAACUUCAAAUGGCCCUAACAGCGCCGAGUCCGAAAGACCCAAAAAGAAGAAGAAAACAAACAAAAACUCGAAUUCAACUGCAACUAAGACUCAGGAAUCUGAAGAAAGUUCUGAAUCUGUGAUAGAGCAUAUAACCUUCAGAAAUCUUCCCCCUGGUACACUUCUACUUGGUCAGAUUUCUGAGGUCAAUAAGCAUGAUUUGUGCGUCUCUUUUACGGAUGGCAUCCAUGGUUACGUGUCUCUUGCCAAUAUAUCGGAAGGUCUUACCAAAAUUUUAGAGAGUUUGGAUGAGGACAUGGAUGACGAAAAAGAAGAUGAGGAAGAAAAUGAAUCCGAAGAAUAUGACUCCGACGCUGAAUCUGGACAGCAGACAUCCACAUCUUCUAAAGAACUGCCCGAUUUGCAUAAUUUCUUUAGAGUGGGCCAGUGGCUAAGAUGUUCUGUAGUGACAAAUACCGCACUCGAAGAUAAAAAGAAGCAAAAAAGGAUUGAAUUGUCUAUUGAACCACAAGUUGUUAAUCAGCUGACCGAUGAAGACCUAUCUAGAAGUUGUGUACUUCAGUGCUCGGUCAAAAGUAUAGAGGACCAUGGAGCCAUAUUAGACGUUGGUGUUGAAGGGGUUACGGGUUUCAUUUCAAGGACAAGUCACUCACACUUUGGAGAAUUGCUUCCAGGUGCAGUAUUUCUGGCAAAUGUCGCUAAGAAGUCGGGUAGAACAGUUACUGUCAACCAGGAUUUCUCAGCGAAAAACAACAAAAUUUCUCAAAUAUCUUCGAUUGAUGCUGUCAUUCCUGGACAGGUUAUCGAUUUUCUUUGUCAACAUUCAACUGCAAAUGGCAUCGUCGGCAAAGCAUUUGGUCUAGUUUCGGGCUUUUUGGGCAUUUCUCAACAGGCAGGAUUUUACUCACAAGAAGGUAAGGAGAGCUACGCCGUGGGGACUAACGUUAAAGCAAGGAUUGUUGCUACCGUGGUAUAUAAGGGUGAAAAGUGUAUUUUGGUCUCAGAGUUACCCCACAUUUUGUCCUUGGAGUGUGUGUUCAGGGAACAAGGUGCUUUAGAUUCCUUUCCUGUAGGUUACAUCUUUGAGGAAUGCACUGUUCUAGGUCGUGAUUCUCAGUAUUUCUAUCUCGCGAUGGAUAAUGAAAGAAUAGGCCAGGUGCAUAUCUCCAAGGUGGGUGGAGAAGAACCUUCGGGGCAGGUGAAGGCUAGAGUGCUUGGAUAUAACGGUUUGGAUGGUUAUUAUCAGCUCUCAACUGAUCCAAAGGUUUUGGGUUUACAAUACUUGAGAGUCCGUGACAUUCCACUUGGUGAUGUUAUUUCGGCCUGCGAAAUUACUUCUGUUUCUGACAAAGGUAUUCACUUAAGUUUAUUUGGAGGACAGUUCAAGGGAUUCGUUCCACCAUUACAUAUAUCCGACAUUAAGCUCGUUUACCCAGAGAGAAAGUUUAAGAUUGGUUCAAAGGUCAAAGCUUUGGUUCUUAAUAUUGAUUACAGAGGUCAUUUGGUUCUCUCUUUGAAAAAAUCGUUGGUUAACCUAGAUGAAGAAGAAGUUAAAUUUCCAUCCAGCUUCAAGAGUAUUGAAGAGUUAUCUGAGAAAGAUUCUAAAAUAGCAGGUACUGUUGAGGCUUUUAAAACCAAUGGUUGCCUGGUAUCAUUCCUUGGUCGCUUGAAGGGUUUCUUACCAAGUGGUGAAAUUUCUGAAGCGUUUGUAAGAAGACCUCAGGAUCAUUUGAGAUUGGGUCAAACGGUAAUUGUCAAAGUUUUGCAACAUAAUGAGGAACAAAACCGUAUCAUUGUAACAUGCAAAGUAUCCAGUGAAGCGGCAACCCUGCAGAAAAAAACUAUUGAAGAUAUGAUUGUCGGAAGAUCCGUUGUAAAUGCGACUAUUGUCGAAAAAACCAAGGAUUCGGCUAUUGUGGAGCUGAAUGGAGUGGGACUACGUGGUGUUAUUUAUGUGGGCCAUCUCUCAGAUUCUAGGAUCGAACAGAAUAGGGCUCUUUUGAAGAAACUAAGAAUAGGAUCUGAUCUCACAGGACUCGUAAUAGAUAAAGAUACUAGAACUAGGGUAUUCAAUUUAUCUUGUAAGAAGACAUUGAUCAGGGAUGCAGAAGAUGGCGUCCUACCCCUAACUUUCGAGGACAUAAGAAAAAAGGACCUAAAUGAAGUUUUGCAUGGUUAUGUUAAGUCCAUAUCAGACAAAGGUGUUUUCGUUGCCUUCAACGGGAAAUUCGUUGGUUUGGUAUUACCCAGUUAUGCUGUCGAUAGUAGAGAUGUCGAUAUCACUAAAAAAUUCUAUGUUAAUCAAUCCGUGAAUGCUUAUCUUUUGAGGACGGACGACGAGAACGAACGUUUCUUGCUAUCCUUCAAAACACCAAAGAGUUCAUCCAGUGCUAAAGUAACAUCUGCUGCUUUACAAGCUAUUAAUCCCGUUGAUGCAUCUAUUAAGGAACUUUCUGAUUUUGUCCCUGGAAAGGUCACCAAAGCUGUGGUCAAAGCGGUGAAGAAGAAUCAACUCAAUGUUACUUUGGCGGAAAAUAUGCAUGGUCGUAUUGAUGUCUCCGAAGUUUUUGAUGAUUUCAAUGACAUUAAGUCUACAAGGAGUCCUCUCUCAAAUUUCAAGAAAGGUGAUGUACUCGAUGUUAAGGUUAUUGGUUUUCAUGAUGUGAAGACACACAAAUUUUUACCAAUUUCACACAGAUCGUCAAAGAAUAUUCUUUUGGAGCUAACUAUGAAGCCAUCCUGUAUUCAAGGAGCUCAGCCGUUAUCCAUAAAUGACCUGAAGGUUGGUGAUAAAAUCAUUGGUUUCGUUAAUAAUGUUUCCAAGGGAUUUUUAUGGCUCACGGUCUCUCCUACAAUCAAAGCAAAAGUACCAUAUUUUGAUUUGACUGAUGACAGUUCGGCAUUUUCUUCAAAAAUUGAGGACGCCUUUCCUCUUGGAUCUGCUCUGGAAGUUACAGUCACCGGUAUUGAUUUAGAUCACAAUGUUGUCAUUGUAACUGGAAGAACACAUACAAUCAAGGAGUUCAAUGAUAUUGAAGUAGAUGCUAAAUUACCGGCACGUAUUUUGAAAGUUGCCGAUAAUUAUCUUCUUUUGGAUCUUGGUAAUGAUGUGAAGGGUGUUGCCUUCGUGACUGAUGCAUUGGAUGAAUAUUCCAAAUCAUUGAAAGACGUGUUUGAGCACAAGAGGAAUGAUAUUGUCUCGGCAAAAGUUAUUUACAUUGAUAAAUCAGGGGAAAAAAUUAACCUCUCUUUACGGUCUGACAAUCCUCAAGAUCGUGAUAUCAAGUCUCAUGAAGACCUGAAAAGAGGUGAUGUCGUUCGUGGUUUCAUUAAAAAGGUAACCGACAAAGGUGUUUUUGUGUAUUUGAGUCGUACUAUUCAGGCAUUCGUGCCAGUAAGCAAACUUACAGAUUCCUACAUCAAAGAUUGGAAGAAAUUUUACAAGCCAAUGCAACCUGUUGUUGGUAAAGUUGUUAACUGUGAAGACGACUCACAUAUCUUAAUAACUCUUAAGGAAUCUGAAGUUAAUGGUUCCUUGAAUAUUUUGAAAGGGUAUUCUGAUAUUGAGGUGGGAGAUAUUUUUGAGGGGAUGGUUAAAAAUGUCACAGACUUUGGUAUAUUCGUGAAACUAAACAACACUUUGAAUGUAACUGGAUUAGCCCAUCGUUCGCAGAUAGCUGAUACUGAAGUUGGAGAAUUGGGUGAACUAUUUGGUGAGGGCGAUAAAGUUAAAGCAAUUGUUCUGAAGGUCAACCCUGCCAAAAAGCAACUCUCGUUAGGAUUGAAGGCCUCUUACUUCAAAAACGUCUCUGCUGAUAACACCAUAGAUGAAGAAAAAAGAUCGGACAGUCCUUCGGUCAGCACAACAUCUUAUAAACUUGAAGCCGAUGAUGUGGUUGAAGAUGUUGACUACAAUGAGGAAUCAGACUCUCAGGAAUCAGAAGAAGAGAAAGAUGAGCCUACCAACGAAAAUGUGGGAACCCUUUCCUCUACUGGUGGCUUAAGUUUAAGUGCUAACUUUGAUUGGACCACAAACAUUUUGGAUCAAGCCCGUGAUGACGAAUCUUCCGAGGAGGAGGAUGUAUUCGAACGUAAAAAGCCAAGAAAUAAAAAGAAGCAAGACGUUAGAACUGAAGAUUUGACCGUUGAUAUUAACACAAGGGCGCCAGAAUCUGUGGGUGACUUUGAACGUCUCAUUAUGGGUAAUCCUAACUCUUCUAUUGUCUGGAUGAAUUACAUGGCUUUCCAAUUGCAAUUGGGUGAGAUCGAUAAGGCUCGUGACGUUGCUGAACGCGCUUUGAAGACGAUCAAUUUCAGAGAUGAAGCAGAGAAACUGAAUAUAUGGAUUGCGAUGUUAAACCUGGAGAACACUUUUGGUUCCGAAGUGACCUUGGAAGAGGUCUUCAAGAGGGCGUGCCAAUACAUGGACUCGUAUACAAUGCAUAAUAAAUUGGUAGGCAUCUAUCAGGCAAGUCAUAAGCAAGAAAAGGCGGCUGCUCUGUUCAAGAUUGCCGCAAAGAAAUUUGGUUCUGAGAAGGUGUCUUUGUGGGUCUCAUGGGGCGAGUUCUUGAUCGAGCAAGGAAAUCAAGACGAAGCCCACUUGAUACUAUCUAGGGCGCUAACAUCAUUGCCCAAGCGCGAUCACAUUGAGGUUGUCCGUAAAUUUGCCCAACUAGAAUUUUCAAAGGGUGAUCCUGAGCAGGGUCGUUCUCUAUUUGAGGGCUUGCUUGCAGACACGCCAAAGAGAAUUGAUUUGUGGAACGUCUAUAUAGAUCAAGAGAUCAAAAAAGAAAACAAGAAGAAUGUCGAGGAUUUGUUUGAACGUGUCUUAUCUAGGAAGAUCACAAGAAAACAGGCCAAAUUCUUCUUUGCCAAAUGGCUCCAGUUUGAGGAGUCGCACGGUGAUGAAAAAGCUGCUGAAUACGUGAAAGCCAAGGCGGCAGAAUACGUUGAGAAGCACAGUAAUUCUGCUGCUGAAUAG